UGUGGCCAACCAACAACAAUAACACGUGUGGACGUUGUAGAUCGAGUGAACGUUUACUAGAAUAUUUUGCUUGAAAAAUAAUGAUUAAAUAGCGAGGACUGUUGAUUGAACUCGUGCUAUAUUGUUUAGCUGUUGUGUUGCUUUUGUUUCAUUAGGUAUCAGAAAUUUUGGCUGUUCAAAAUGUUGCGUCGGCAAGCUCGUCUCCGCAGAGAGUACAUUUACAGAAAGACUAUUGAAGAACGGGACAAAAACAUUCAAGAAAAAAAAGAGAAGCUGAGAACGGCUAUAGAUGAGAACAAACAGAUUCCCACCAGUUUGAAGAAGACUGCUGUAGGACUGCAGAAAAAUCUGAACUGGGAAGAUGAAGGAGCUGAUGGCUUAACGACCAGCGUGGAUGAUGAGUACCGCUGGGCGGGGGUGGAGGAUCCCAAGAUCAUGAUCACCACCGCGAGAGACCCUAGUUCCAAGUUGAAGCAGUUCGCAAAGGAAAUGAAGCUCAUCCUGCCCAACUCUCAGAGGAUCAACCGUGGUAACUACCGUCUGGAACAACUGAUGGAUGCGUGCCGAGCCAAUGAUAUUACAGAUGUUGUAGUCGUGCAGGAGCAUCGUGGUGUGCCAGACGGCCUGACUGUCUGCCACUUGCCGUACGGCCCGACCGCGUUCUUCACUCUGUCCAACGUCGUCAUGCGACACGACAUCCCGGACGUCGGAACCAUGUCGGAGGCCUACCCCCACCUCAUCUUCCGCAACUUCACCUCGGCUCUCGGGAGUAGGGUCAGGGACAUCCUGCGAUAUUUGUACCCCGUUCCCAAGGAGGAUUCUCGCAGGGUUAUGACCUUUGGCAACGAGGACGACUUCAUUUCGUUCAGACAUCAUGUGUACAAAUACGAAGAGAAGGAACUGCAGCUGAAGGAAGUUGGUCCGAGAUUUGAAAUGAAAUUGUACAAGAUAGUCCGCGGCACUCUGGACAAACUGGGCACAGCGGACAACGAGUGGGUACACCGACCGUACAUGAACACCGCCAGGAAAAGAAAGUUUUUGUCUGUGGAUUGACCACACUUACUGCCUUGUUGAUUAGCUCUUCUUAGUAUACGGGAGGUUAUUUCGCCUUUGUUUGUAGGCAGCCUCUUUUUUUUUCAACAUCACCAACUUCCCUAAAACUUCACUCCUAUGUCACCUUUUUGCAUAAAAUAACACCAAAUUGAGUAGAAAUGAAUGGUGCAUGCAAUUGUUGUGGAAAACGAAACUGCAGUGAGACAUGUAACGUUGAGGUGACUUGCUGAAAAAAUUCUAAACUUUGGUAGUCAUUUUUAAAUAUUUUUUUUUGUCAGAGGUGAACAACCCGUCCCCUCCAAAAAAGAAAAAAAACCCCAACAAAACACUGGCUCUAUCCCUGUUUAGAAUGUUCACAUCGUGCCCACUUUAUGUGUGUCACUGUAGUUUCAUGAGUAAAUAGAGUGAAACUAUACAAAGGCAUUUAGAAGUUGUCCAUAGAGAGACUAUUCAUUGUUUUGACAUGGGAAGUUGAGGUCCUACCGACGCUGUAAAGAAAAGAAUUUUAAGAGUGGAACUUUAUGGGGAGUUUUUAUUGUGGGGUUUUUUGUUUUUUGUUGUUGUUUUUUUGCUAAUGAGAGCAUGAGACUGAUGGAUGUAAGCAUAACUGUUAAUCAUUAUAUCACGUUUUAAUACAGUUGAGUCCACUCAAACAGAAAUCUGCGGGGAGACCACAGGAUUUUCUUUGGUUUAGCCAGGUGUUCAGUUUUGAGAGGUUGCUCAUUUAUAGAAGGAAGGAAAAAAAGCAGGGAUUUUGCCUUCGGUUUACUGUUAUUUUCAAAUUACCAAUACCUGUGUUUGUUUUAGUAGACUCCAUUGUAUUUUAAUUUAUUUCCUCCAAUGCCAUGUUCUGAUUACAUGAAUGACUGGUAGGUGUAAAGUUAUAUUUGAUCAUAAUUGAAUGAGCCCCCAGUAUGGAUUGUUUUUCAAAAAUUAAAAUGAUACUGAAUGUAAAAAAACA